CAGCAUUUGAACCGCAUUUCCACUGAUUGUGAACUCCGUUAUAAUUAAUACAAUAAAUUGUUUGCAAUGUCUGUGAAAGCAGUGGUCGUAUUGAAAGGUGACCCUAAGGUCUCGGGAACCAUCAAGUUUGAGCAAAAGGGCUCAUCAGUGGUGGUGACCGGCAGUGUGUCGGGUCUCACUCCAGGACAGCACGGAUUUCACGUGCAUGAAUUUGGUGACAACACGAACGGCUGUACGAGCGCUGGGCCUCACUAUAACCCGUUUGGCAAAGAACACGGGGCGCCCACUGAUGCCAACCGACACGUCGGCGAUUUGGGUAAUGUUACCGCCGGUGCCGACGGUGUGGCCAAAGUGAACAUUGAGGACAAACAGUUAGCUCUCUCGGGCGCCAAUUCCAUUAUCGGUCGAUCUCUUGUGAUUCACGCAGACGUCGAUGAUUUGGGUAAAGGCGGACAUGAGUUGAGCAAAACUACCGGUAAUGCCGGCGGAAGACUGGCCUGUGGUGUCAUUGGAGUGACAAACGCUUAAACCAAUUAAUCCAUUGGUUUGAUCGAGUGUUUAAUCACUGAAUUUUAACGAUUAUUAUUUUUUGAUGAUUUAAUUUGAUGAAUUAAUACUUUUUAUAAUCAAUAAUCUGUAGUCUAUUUGUGUUAUCCUUUAGUAUAAUAAACAAAUCAUUUGAUUAAAAAUUAAUGUCAACUUUGAA